AUGCCACCCGGGCGCGAGGYCGCACCUGUAGCCGUCAGCAUCKACAACAUACUCCGCAACGAGCGUUAUUGGGAGCACAGCCACUCCUACAACGACACAAAGAGCGCUAUCAACACAAAUGCCGCUAUCAACCCGGACCCAGGCGACAUGUUCGGUCUACACAUCGAACUGCUCCGGUCUUUCGAAUGGAAUGGCUACAAGUACGUCAAGGUGGACGUUUACGUCGAUGGACGGUACUUAAGGACUCAGUAUCUGGAAGCCCGGUUCAAUGAACACACCCUCAACAUCACAAAGGGUCGCAAGCUAGAUUGGGCCACGGGGAAGACCGUUCAAUUCGGUUGCUUCGUUGGGGAUGUAUUUUCUCCUGGCCCGCAUGAGCUUGACGGCACUAUCAGCGUAGAGCUUUCGCUCGGCAGCAAGAUUCCGCGUCGCCCGCGUCAACCCAAAGUGAACCUCGUCGAGGAGACCGCUACAUUCAAGCAUGGUCCUUCAGAACCAGUCCCCGAACCCAAGAUAUCAAAGACGAUGUUUGUUUCCGCUCCAAAAUGUCACUUCACGCCAAUAAGAUGGUAUUUCCUCUACCCAAGCAAGACCUAUCGCUCUGGUUACAUCGCGCCAGUCCCUGUCCCUUUCGCUGGCCUGGGUAAGCGCUCUCGAGAGGCUGAAGAGGACGCUCAAGGUCAAAUCUACAAGCGUGCGCGGAGGGUUGGAGGCCUUGAGGCAGAGUUUUCUCCCGGCCAGACAAGCCUGUCCAAUGGUCAGGAACAGCGAGCUGCCCGGCGGCGUGAGCCCGUGGAGUUGUUUCCGGAGAACAUCGGCGUCCUCUACGGCGACAAGCCUUUCUAUGGCAGAUAUAAGUGA